GAUGUGUAAGAUGCUUAAAAUACAAACUCAGUAUUUGCAUAUAUAUAUAAUGGAGUGAUGAUAAGUAACGAUGGCUAAACAAAGAAAAAUGAAUCAAAUCAACUGGAAAACUACUGCUGGACAAAUUGUUAGACUCUACCAAACCGACUUGAAAGGCAAAGUAGCGAUUGUCGCUGGUGCCAAUUCCGGUACAGGCUUAGAAACUGCCCGUGUCCUUUCUCUUGUAGGUGCAAAAGUCAUCAUUGCUUGUCGUUCUCUUGAAAAAUCAAAAGGUGCUAUUGAACACAUCCGAACAACAGUGCCUCAUGCUGACCUGGUUCCUAUGCAACUUGAUUUAGGGGAUCUGACCACCAUUAAAAAAUUUGCUGAUGAUUUCUUGUCGCUUGACCUACCUCUUCACCUUUUGAUCAACAAUGCUGGUAUCAUGGCCUGUCCAAAAUCAUUUACAAAAAACGGUUUCGAAACUCAAUUUGGUGUGAAUCAUUUGGGACAUUUUUAUCUUACUAGCCUGCUUACUGAGAAAAUCAAAGCCUCUGCUCCUGCUCGUAUCGUGAAUGUGAGUUCCAGUGGAAAUUAUCUUCUGGCAUCUCGUGAAGGGAUUGAUUUUGACAACUUGAAUGCAGAGAAAUAUUAUGCUCCUCUUGGUAAUUAUGCUCAAUCGAAGCUCGCCAAUAUUCUUCAUGCCAAGGAAUUGCAAUGUCGUUUUGAUGCUGAAGACGUAGAUGUAACUGUCACCAGUCUUCAUCCUGGUGUUGUGCGUACUAAUUUAGGCCGAACCACUGGUUUUGUUGCCGUUGUUGAUAUGCUUUAUCGAAUGAAGAACUAUGCGGCUGCUCUUAUUCAUCUUUUUCAUAUAAAAAAUGUUAAAAUGGGUGCCUCUACCAAUGUCUAUUGUGCUGUUUUUCCUGAUGUUGUGAAGGGUGAGUCUUAUGCAGACAAUGCAGUCAACCGAAGAUUUUUGAAUCCACUUGCAAAUGAUCAAGAACUUGCAAAGAAGUUAUGGACAGUCUCUGAAGCCAUGUUGGCUAGUAAAAUAAAACAGUUUAAGUCAUCUAUACAUUGACCCCGAAUAAAAGUUAG